AAAAAAAAAAAAAAAAAGAUAGCGAGAGAGACUUAUAUUGUCCUCGGCGCGGCUUCCUCGCGACGGGCACAUCUGGAAAGUUGCUCGCUUCUAGUCAACGUGGGCAUCCAGUUUCUUAAAGGUGGCUAGCCGCUAAAGCCUUUCCCCCUCCCGGGGGCAGAACUGCUGGGAGUUCACGUUAGGAUAGGAGGUGGUCUGUCUGAAACGCGAAGCCUCUGUUGCCGUUCGGGGAGUUGUGAGGUUUAAUGAGGUUAGCGGGAAAAAAAAAAGGCAUUGAUAUUAAGAGCGUGUUGCUAAUGCUAACUGCUAAUGGCUGCUCCCACAUGUCUGCCUGUGAAACGUAGCCUAGUCUGCUAAAAAGUUAUGCUUGAUGUAAAAUAUUAUUAUUAUGCUUAGACCACUGGAUAGAAUGACAAUUAAUUUGGAGAUUUUGUUUUGUUAUAAUGCUAUUGAAUAUUACACAAGCACGAACGUGCUUCGACAUAUAUUGUUUUUGUUAGCAUCCCUGCUGAUUUAACCCAUUCUCUCAUCUGACAGUCUGAACAAUGAAGAUCACAGCAGUCACACUGUUACUAAUAUUAGCAACCAUUCUGGGUUUAUUUUACAGUCUUAAGAACCAAAGCUCCCCAGCAUAUUGGUAGCAGUGGUGAUGAUACAUGCAGAUAUUUUUGCAACAUUGCGUGUGAAUACUAAUCAAGUCCACUUACGUGAGAGCAGCGCCAACAGUGCUUUCUGCUUGCAACCUAUUUUUGGAGUAAGAGAAGCCCCCUCUCCUUCAGGUUUCUGGAAAAUAUAGUCAAGAGUCAUUCUGCCAGUCAGUCCUAUCACCCUACAUGCACUCGCGUGCUUUUGGCAGGAAGCCCAGUUCAAAGACCUGCCCGCAGCACAAAUCUCCCUUCAAAACUCUGCCAAAAUAACGUUGUGUACGUUUCUGGAAAGGUGCAGCGUAAAGAGGAAAGAUUUGACCCAUUAUUAUCCGUUGACGAGGAUUCCAUCUGUCAUUCGGCUGAGUUGAAAACACGCUCAACCCGUCAUGAUGGUUAGAUUUUAACUUUUACGUCUGACUACCGUGUUAUUCUCGUAAAAUUCCAAUCAAACGCUCAUUGACGCAGUCAUUGUGACCAUAUAAAGCUUUUAUUGGGAAGAAAUGUUAUUGCGUACUGCGUAGUGGGGCGGUGUAUUUGUCCUGGAAACGCGGUUAUCAACGUCCACCAGACGUGUUGUGUGUGUGUGUGUGUGUGUCUGUGUGUCUGUGUGCGUGCGCGCGUGCAGCUCGACGUGCUCAGCGACCAGCAGCAUGGAUCAUGUAUCGCGGCCGAGCGGCGGCAUGGAUGCUGCGUCCGCGCAUCUCUGCGCAAACAACAAAGACAGCAUGGCGGAUUACCUAAUCAGCGGUGGCACAGGCUACGUCCCUGAUGACGGACUCUCCGCCCAGCAGCUCUUCUCUAUUGGAGAUGGCCUCACAUACAAAUCUGACCAACAGUGUGUUGUCUCCGAUGGUCAUACGGCUGAAGAGCUAUGCUCUAAAGGAGAUGGGUUGACUUACAACGACUUCCUGAUCUUACCAGGCUUCAUCGACUUCACCUCAGACGAAGUGGACCUGACAUCAGCUCUGACCAGGAAGAUUACGCUGAAGACCCCCCUCAUCUCCUCUCCCAUGGACACGGUCACGGAGUCGGCCAUGGCCAUUGCUAUGGCGUUAAUGGGAGGGAUUGGAAUCAUUCACCACAACUGCACACCAGAAUUUCAGGCCAAUGAAGUCCGCAAAGUCAAGAGGUUUGAGCAAGGUUUUAUCACAGACCCCGUGGUUAUGAGUCCACGCCACACGGUUGGGGACGUGAUCGAAGCCAAAGUAAGACACGGCUUCUCUGGUAUCCCUGUAACAGAGACGGGAAAAAUGGGCGGCAAACUGGUGGGCAUUGUCACCUCGAGAGAUAUUGACUUUCUCUCUGAGAAAGACCACAACAAACCCCUGGAAGAGGCUAUGACUAAGAGGGAGGAGUUGGUGGUAGCUCCAGCUGGUGUUACAUUGAAAGAAGCCAAUGAUAUCCUGCAGCGCAGCAAAAAAGGCAAACUCCCCAUUGUGAAUGACAACGAUGAGCUGGUGGCCAUCAUUGCCAGGACAGAUCUGAAGAAAAACAGGGACUACCCCCUCGCAUCGAAGGACUCGCGCAAACAGCUGCUGUGUGGCGCCGCCAUCGGCACAAGGGAGGACGACAAAUACAGACUGGACCUGCUAGUUCAAGCUGGAGUGGAUGUCGUCGUACUGGACUCUUCACAAGGCAACUCGGUUUAUCAGAUCAAUAUGAUAAAUUAUAUUAAACAGAAGUAUCCAGAGUUGCAGGUAGUGGGAGGAAACGUUGUGACGGCAGCCCAGGCCAAGAACCUGAUCGAUGCCGGUGUGGACGCGCUGAGGGUUGGCAUGGGCUGUGGCUCCAUCUGCAUCACACAAGAAGUCAUGGCUUGUGGGCGGCCUCAGGGGACCUCUGUGUACAAGGUCGCAGAGUACGCCAGGCGUUUCGGCGUUCCAGUCAUCGCCGACGGGGGCAUUCAGACCGUUGGCCAUGUGGUGAAGGCGCUGUCUCUCGGAGCAUCGACAGUUAUGAUGGGCUCGUUGCUAGCAGCCACCACCGAGGCUCCUGGAGAGUACUUCUUUUCAGACGGCGUGCGCCUGAAGAAGUACCGUGGCAUGGGCUCCCUGGACGCCAUGGAGAAAAGCACCAGCAGCCAGAAACGCUAUUUCAGUGAGGGGGACAAGGUGAAGGUGGCCCAGGGCGUGUCGGGCUCAGUCCAGGACAAGGGCUCCAUCCACAAAUUCGUACCUUACCUGAUAGCAGGUAUUCAACAUGGCUGCCAGGACAUUGGAGCUAAGAGUCUGUCUAUUCUACGAUCCAUGAUGUACUCUGGGGAGCUGAAGUUUGAGAAGCGGACCAUGUCUGCGCAGGUGGAGGGAGGCGUGCACGGACUCCACUCUUACGAGAAGCGGCUUUACUGAAGCGGUUUUGAGUGCAGGUCAACCGUGCACGUGACACACCCAAAACUAACAGCGACCAAAUGUUGAACCGCCACUCCGCUAGAAUCCACAUCACACGCACUACACCUUCUGCGCUCCUCCCCGGCUCAUCACUCGUGCCCUCUCCGAUCCCAGCCAGCUGAGCUUUGGGGAGGUGAAGGACACCAAAGUGAAGUGAGACUCUCUCCGAUCCCGACACCGGACUCUGAACACCUUGGAUUUUGCACACAAGAUGUGGCGCAUCAGGGUUUUUGGAACGACGUACCCCUCCUGUAUCUUGAGUAUGCAGCCUAAUCCCAAUUUUAUGUAUGACUGUGUGCGCGCGUGUGUGUGUUGGUCAUAGUGAGAGGACAAACUGUGGAUCACGUGUCCUCGGUGUGUGACGUUGACAAUGUGCAUUGGGACAGACAAAGUGACGGUGCACUGUGUUUACAUGUUCUGUUUAUAGUGAAUGAAAUGCAGGCAGAUAGUGCAGAUCCCAUCAGGGCUUUUUUUUUUUUUUUUUUCCUCUUUCAUUUGGGAUCAAGGCUUACCAGCGAGCUCCAUGUCAGAAUCCUCACAAAUCCCAAGCUCUUGAACACUUGAACACAGUCUCACACACACGUGCAGAAAACGUGUCUGUAAUGAUUUCUUUUUUGCAGAGCUUCUGGCAGCAGAGGCGACGUCUCCAUUAAGAGUAGCUGCUCGUAUUUCAGAAUUUAUUGUUUACGCUUGUGUUUGAUGCAUUUUGAGGUACGAACUAUUGGCCAUAUGUGUUUUCCCGUCAGCUUUGUAUCCUCCGUUGUCACCUGCAGUCAGUAGAUCACCCAGUUUUUUGCCACUGUGGAUGUUGACUUGCCCCACAAAAGACACACUGAGCCAAACCAACCAGUGUCCCAUCUCAGUGCAUAGCGUUCUCAUGUCGAGCCAGGAAGGGACCAAAACGCUGACGAUCAGGUAUGUUGUGAAGAGACAUCUGUGGAAAGGAAAAUUAUGAAUGACCGUUCCCUUGACCUUAAUUUGAAUACUUUUCGAUAAAGCAACUUUAUAUUAAACCUGUAUAGUCUCGGGGGCUUGGAAUUGAGCAUGAAGGGUUUUUGAUAUGCAUGUUUGUUUUUUCACAAAGCCAAAAUCAUGGCUGUAUUUAUAUUCUGCUUUAAUUGCAUACAUACUGCCAAGUGUAUCUAACACUUCUUUGACACUCUUCUUUUGUAAUUUUCAAACCAAAAUUGGCGUGACAAGUUACUUGUUGCCUUGUCACUUGAUCCCUCCUGUGCUUUCAUAGUUCUCUGCAAUAACCUUUUUUUUCUUUUGUUUGUUUCUAUUCACCGGAGAAAUGCCUUGAAACAGGUCAUUAUUAAAGCUGCACCUGCCAGCUUAGUGAAAACGCAGAAUGCUACACCUUCUCGCCUCCUUGACUUCCUUUGAGACGGUAUCACAGUACUCGUCGUCACUCGGCUUAUGUAGAAGUAGGCUUUCCUAACAUUUUUACUUUCUUUUUGCCAUUCAGAUGUUUUUUUUUUUUUUUUUUUUUUAAAGAAUAAUGUCGCAGAUUGUGAGCUGAGUUGCUUUCUCUAACGUGCUCGUACCCUCAGCAGGGUUCACUUGACUAACAAGGUCUUGCAACUGGACUUUAGUGCAAGGAAGUGUCUGGAGAAUUAUUUACAAUUCUAAACCAUUGGAAAUGACUGCUGCUUGUUUUCAAUUUCCCACCUAAAGAUGUAAUUCAGGUUUUCAAAAUGUCUUACAUGUCAAGUACCGAGUCCUGCAAGUCCAUCUGGAAAGCACAAAUAUCUCAUACUUGAUAUGGUCUCCCUUUCUUUUUCGUUACCAUUUUGUGUGGAAAAAUCAACAGUCCUCACAACACGAUAGUAGCGUCCAUUGAACAGUGACGGAGCUUUUUAGAUGGACAGAAAAGACUCAGUAUUUAGUGAAUCCAAGAUGGGAUUUUGAGGAAUAUCUCUUCAGAUCAUGUUUACAGUAAAACUCAACAGAGGAAAGUUGCUUUUGCUGUUUAUGGUAAUAAAGAAUAAAAACUACUGCAAGCUG